UGCACAUCACUACAGUAACGUUAGAGCGGGAAGUCCGGAAGUAAUUUCUUCACCAAAGGAACAACAACAUCCGCGGGCUAAAUUUGAAAUAAAUAUUUGUCGACAAUUGCUACAUAUUUUUCAAGGUUGACCCCACCGCUCUUACGAAUGAAUCCGUGGGACAUUGCUCCAUAUUCAGUGACACCAGUUGCAAGUCUUUUGACCAGAUGCGUCGCCUCGGGUGUUCUUUCCCAGGAGGAUGUUGAUUCUGUCCCUAGAGAACCCCACGUCUUUUCCCCACAUCUCCUGGAAGCUGAACAGCUCAUCACUAUGGAACGGGAGCUUGACAAGAUCAAUCUAGAAAUGGAGUUGUUGAAGUUGGAAAAAGAAAGCGCAGAUGUCACUCACAAAUUUUAUUUGAGUCAAAGGUUUACAUCAUUGCAGCAAUUCACCUCCCAUCUGCAAGAUGUGCUGAGAGAACAGGCAAGCCUGCGCCGAAGACUGAUGAAACCACUGUGUCAGACUAACCUGCCCGUAGAGGCAGAUCUUCACAGGUAUGUGGUGGAGGUCAUGAGGAUGGUGGUGGAAUUCAUUGAGAACUUGGAGGCAAAGAUAAGCACUGUUCGUUCUAUUCCCACCAUUGAUGAUUCCAUGAGCAAUCUGAACAAUGGCAUAGCUCAGCUCCUAGCCCAGGUGACAGAGGUGGAAAGACUCUCUAAACAGAUUCUACAGUGGAGAAGUCAAAACAGCAGCACUUCCAUCAAUGACAUCACUACCUGAGAGCAAAGUGAGUCCCAAUUCUUCACCUUUUUCCUGAAGUGUGCACUUGCCUGUCAUGGAUUCAACAAGGGUGGAAACUCCCUACAGCCAAUGUUUACAUGAAUCCACUGCUUUCAAAUCCAUUAUUUUAAAUUGUAGUGUGCAAGUAAACACUUUGGGAGAAGGGUGGAGAAUCGGGACGCAACCCAAGUCAAACCUUUCAGAACUCUUCAAUGGACAUUUGUCAGUUAUACAUGACGAGGAUUAUGUGUUCUGAAAAUGUUUGACAAAUGUCUCAUUCAGAGAGAAUGGGUGUUGUGUUACUUUACAACAUUCCCCUUAAUGUGCUUUUUUUAUGUUAAUUUUGAUUCUAACUAAUGGUAUCUUUGUAAAUAAAUCUAUCUUGUUAAUA